AACAGAAGCCAGGUUGUUUGUUGCAUGCAAAGGCGAUUUUAAAUUUAAGCAAGUUUAAUUUCCUCGCUUAUAUAAUUGAACUCAAUACACGUAACGUUAACCACUUGUCUUUGACUACCAAUUAGUGUGUAUCAGUGCCGUGGACAGAGAGGUCCCGGUUUUACGUGAGGUUUAUAACGGUUUUAUUUUAUACCCUGCUGCUUUUGGUUUCACUUACGCGGCGUAGCACAUUUCCGUUGUGUUUAGUGUCGUGUCUCGUUAUAGCUCAGUCCAAGAGAAUUGUUCAAAAUGGUGUUUUUCACUUGCAACGCUUGUGGGGAAUCCCUGAAAAAGGCUCAAGUCGAUAAGCAUGUGAACAUUUGCCGGGGCUGCAAUGUCUUGUCCUGCAUCGACUGUGGAAAGGACUUCUGGGGUGGCGACUACAAGAACCACAUUAAAUGUAUCAGUGAAGAUCAGAAGUAUGGAGGGAAAGGCUACGAGGCAAAGGCAAACAAAGGAGAUGUGAAACAGCAGCAGUGGAUCCAGCGAAUCCAUGAAGCCAUGAACAAUCCUGGAAUCAGUGCAAAGCUGAAGAAUGUGCUCGAGCAAGUUAGUAUGUAUGAUAAUGUCCCAAGAAAGAAGGCCAAGUUUGAGAACUGGAUGAAAAACAGUCUUAAAAUCACCAACACGGGUCUUCAUGGUGAAGUGUGGGACAUCCUAGCUGCAGCUGACAAUGCUCUGGAGCCCCCCCAGCAGACUAAAGAAGACAAACAGACAGUGCCUGAAGUCAAAGGUAACAGUGAUGGAAAUGAAAUGCCGAACAGCCAACCAAAUGUUGAGAAAAAGAAGCUGAACAAGCAGGAGCGUAAAGAGGCCCGUCAGCAGAAGAAUAGGAACGGUGCUGAAAAAACAGUCUUUCAAGAACCAAAAGAGGACCAGGCAGGCAAAAAGAAAAAAAAGGACACAAAGAGAAAGCUGUGCUGUGAGGAGGAUGAUGGUGAAGGGCAGAAUGGGCACAGCGCUGAAAAUGGCACAUCGAGCAAGAAAAGGAAGAACAUGUCAGCUGAUAAAACAGCAGAGGCUGCUGAUAUACACAUGUCAGAGGAGACCGAGAGUCAAGAAGUUUGUAAAGGCAAAUUCAACUGGAAGGGGAAUAUUAAGGCAGUACUGAGAGGCUCACCUGACCAAGAACUCUCAGUGAAGAAACUGAGAAAGAAGGUGUUGGCAGCCUACUACUCUUUCACUGGUGAUGGAAACUUAAAAACAGACGAGGAGGUGCUAGCACUUUUCAACAAGAAGAUCAACAACAACCCGGCGUUUAGAGUUUUGAAAGACAGAGUUAAACUUGUAAAGUAGAUUUGUUUAUUUUAUCACUAGCAUGAAAUGUAUAUUAGGGGUAGGGUAGAACUUUAUUGAACUUUAUUAUUCAAACACUUGCCUCCAAGGAUGUUUUAUUCAAAUAACAAUUUCAAAGUUUAAAUCACUUUA